UCCUCACAGGUCCUUCUAAUUCCAUGCCAAAACUAGCUGUGGAUUUCUUCCUUUUAAUCUCCCCUGAUGCCUUAGUCAAUUAUUGUCAUUUCUCUGACUCUCCACUUUCCAACUGAACCAGUCAGAGGAGGCUGGGUAUCUGCAGGACUUAAUCUAAGACCACAAACGACCCUAUUCCAUGAGAAAAGACAGAAAUAAGACAAAAAAGAAGGGAACCCUUAACAUUUUAUUGGCAAACCAUUCAUCUAUUGGAUUCCUGACUGGUCACAGAUUGAGAUAAGGAAUAUGAAGGAUUUGGAAGAUUUCUCCAGUUGAUUGUCAAAGGAGAUCUGGCUGAGGGGAGGAAGAAAGCAGGAGGGUGACCUGGCAUUUCAGUGAACUAUAGGAUGCUGUUGCUUCUCCCCUGGCUCUUCAGUUUACUAUGGAUAGAAAAUGCCCAAGCUCAACUUGAAGAUGAAGGGAACUUCUAUUCUGAAAAUGUCAGUCGGAUUCUUGACAACUUGCUGGAGGGCUAUGACAACCGUCUACGGCCGGGAUUUGGAGGUGCUGUAACAGAGGUCAAAACAGAUAUCUAUGUGACCAGCUUUGGGCCUGUGUCAGAUGUGGAGAUGACAUGGACUGAUGAGAGGCUGAAGUUCAAAGGCCCUGCUGAGAUUUUGAGUUUAAAUAACUUGAUGGUCAGUAAGAUCUGGACUCCGGACACAUUUUUCCAAAAUGGGAAAAAGUCAAUUGCUCACAACAUGACCACCCCUAACAAACUCUUCCGAUUGAUGCAGAAUGGAACGAUCCUGUACACCAUGAGGCUUACCAUCAACGCUGACUGUCCGAUGAGACUGGUUAACUUCCCUAUGGAUGGACACGCAUGUCCACUCAAGUUUGGGAGCUAUGCCUAUCCGAAAAGCGAAAUCAUAUAUACAUGGAAAAAAGGACCGCUUUAUUCAGUAGAGGUCCCAGAAGAAUCUUCAAGCCUCCUCCAGUAUGAUUUGAUUGGGCAAACAGUUUCUAGUGAGACUAUUAAAUCGAACACAGGUGAAUAUGUAAUAAUGACAGUCUACUUCCACUUACAAAGGAAGAUGGGCUAUUUCAUGAUCCAGAUUUACACUCCGUGCAUCAUGACAGUCAUUCUCUCUCAAGUGUCUUUCUGGAUUAAUAAGGAGUCGGUCCCAGCAAGAACCGUCUUUGGAAUCACCACGGUUUUAACCAUGACCACCUUAAGCAUCAGUGCUCGGCACUCUCUACCCAAAGUGUCCUAUGCAACCGCCAUGGAUUGGUUCAUAGCUGUAUGCUUUGCGUUUGUCUUUUCUGCUCUCAUUGAAUUCGCAGCUGUCAACUACUUCACCAAUCUCCAGUCCCAGAAAGCCGAAAGGCAGGCACAGACUGCAGCCAAGCCCCCGGUAGCAAAGUCAAAAACAACUGAAUCACUGGAAGCUGAGAUUGUUGUGCACUCUGACUCCAAGUACCAUCUGAAGAAGAGAAUCAGCUCUCUGACUUUGCCAAUCGUUCCAUCUUCUGAGGCCAGCAAAGUCCUCAGUAGAACGCCCAUCUUACCAUCAACGCCGGUCACUCCCCCAUUGCUCUUACCAGCCAUUGGCGGCACCAGCAAAAUAGAUCAAUAUUCUCGAAUUCUCUUCCCAGUAGCAUUUGCAGGAUUCAACCUUGUGUACUGGAUAGUUUACCUUUCCAAAGAUACAAUGGAAGUGAGCAGUACUGUCGAGUAGUUUGCAGCCAGGAAAAGCUGGACACUGUAAUUGGUUAUUUUCCAUUUUCCUCGCUUACAGAACACAAAUUAUUGUGUUAGUAUAAAUGGUCUCAUUUCAGAAACUAAAUGUCUAUAUUUCAUAAUAUGGAAUAAGCAUGUUUGGGCUAAAAACAAUAAUAUUACUCUUCAAAAUUAAAUUUAGAAAGCUACUGAAAAUAUGAAUUUUCUGUAUAGUAAAAUUAAUAAUAAUAAUAAUAACAAUAAUAUCAGCAUUUAUGUGGAUAAGGUAGAUUCAAAAUGAGUUUGCCAACCUUUGUCUUCAUUGUUCAAUAUUUUUAAUUGUCACUGUGAAUAACAUUUUCCACAAAGCAGAUAUAUUCAGAUAUGCUGACCCUUCUAAAGCUUGCCUUAAAUUUGUUUAUUUUGGCUUAGUUUCUACUCUAAACAUUUAUUGGUAUGUUUAUACAGCAUGCUGGAGGCCUUUGCGAUUUUACAAGAACUCUCACUGGCAUUGAACUGCUUAUAUUGAGAUUAGACAUUUCUUUUUAACCUUGCUGUGUUCUUUUACCUCAAUAAAAUGUGGCAUUAUAUACACAUAAAUAAUACAUAGUUUAUAAAUUAUGUAUGCAUAUGUACAUAGCUUUAGUUAUGCUGCAAUACUGUUGCUAUUUCCCACUAAAUUCACCUUUAAGAAGAUGAUGCUUGACAUAACACCAGGAGGUUCUAGGAAGGUCACUCAAUGUACUAUGACUGUAUAUUCUGAUUCGGAUUACCAUUGUGUGUUACACUUUCCUAAAUAUAAUGCCAAAUAAAACCACAAAAAGCCUGCA